AUGGGUUUCGAAGAGAGCGAGGAUAUCCUGCAGCCAUCCGAGCAGCCUUUGGAGGCACCAGACUCGCAGCUUGCCCAGCGGCGUGCGGAGUACGUGAAGCUCGUAGAGGAGUCCUUUUUCGAUCUGAGAGAAGGAACCAAAUACUACGGCGUGCCGAAAGAGUGGCUCAACAUUUUUCUGAGAGGAACACCUGAAGAGGCGGCGGAUCUGGGACCUAUCAACACAAGCAGCAUUUUGGAUCAUACAGAGCUUUGCAUCAAUCCUUCAACUAGUCCAGAGUUUGUCGCAGAGCAAGUCUUUGCGAAACUUGUUGAGUGGUAUGGCGUGGAUGGUCCCUCUGUCGAGCGGCAAUUAUUCAUGGACAAAAAAGAUGGCCAGCUCAAGCUCGAGACGUAUCCGCUGUAUAUAAUUCCGCAUCUGCUCUGCAAUAACCCGGAAACCAUCAACAGAUACAGAUUGGCCGGGGCAAAGCCGUUUCUGAUAUCUGCUCUUAGCACUGCCAGGGACCUCAAGCUAGCUGUGAAAAAACAGUUCGACAUAGGCAAAGGCACCACGAGAAUAUGGAGAAUCACGCCAGCAACUAGAUUGCCCGUGAUCCUCACUCCUCAGGACCUGUCAAACGUCAGCUCGAAGACGCUGAUCCCAGCAGGAAAGAAAUCUGGCUCCAUAAAAUUGGAGGAUCUGAACAUCACUGAACGCAAUAUUCUCAUCGAGAUUCAACAGGAGGACGGAAUGUAUCCAAUGGACACAUCUUCAACGGUUUCGCUUGGUUCAGGUUUGGUUGGACUCAAUAAUCUGGGGAAUACCUGCUACAUGAAUUCCGCUCUGCAAUGCCUGGUUCAUAUCCCGGAGCUCACCCACUACUUCUUGUAUGAUUAUUAUGAGAAGGAAAUCAACAGAGACAAUCCCCUAGGAAACGAUGGAAAGGUGGCGACUGCUUAUGCAGGCCUGGUCAAGCACUUAUUCGAUAGACGCUUUGCGGGCCCCUCAAGCUCGUUUUCACCAAGAGAUUUCAAAUACACAAUCGGAUACUAUAACUCGAUGUUCGCAGAUUAUCACCAACAAGACUCACAGGAACUGAUUGCUUUUCUUUUGGACGGACUGCAUGAGGAUUUAAACAGGAUCCUGAAGAAACCGUAUGUUGAAAAGCCAGAGCUGCAGGACGAACACGUCAACGACCAGGAAGAAGUGCGGAAAUUGGCACAGAAGUGCUGGGACAGCCACAAGCUGCGGAAUAACUCCGUCAUUAUCGAUCUCUUCGUGGGACUGUACAAGUCGACUUUGGUGUGCCCUUCUUGCGGCAAGAUAAGUAUUACGUUUGAUCCUUACAAUGAUCUCACUCUACCAUUGCCCGUUCAUAAGAAAUGGAUAGGCAAAGUCAAUCUUUUAUUGGAGGAAGGUUAUCCCAAAAGUCUGGAGGUGGAGCUUCCCAAGUCCUCUACGUUUGCUGACCUCAAAGCAUACGUUGCAGAUAAAUUGAAGGUGCCUAUUAAUGAGCUGCUCGCCGUUGAGGUGUUUCAGUCGCAAGUGUACAAGAACUUUGAGGCCAAGGAUUCAGACACACGCUAUCUGCCUAUUUCUGACUUGAUCGGGCAGAACGACGAGAUAUGGUUCCACCAGAUCAAACAUAAGCCAGGAGACUUGAUAGUCCCUGUUUUCAAUACCCUGUCGGACUCUAGAAACACUAAACCCUUCGGCAUACCAUUUUUCAUCACUGUUACGAAAGAUGAAUGCUAUUCGUUUGGCAGAAUAAGAAAGAAGCUGGAACAACGCUACAGCCAGCUUUCUACGUUCAACUUUUUUGGUUCGAGACGGCAACUGCAACAUCAGGCUGCAGAAUUUCCCGGGAUUGAGGAUGGCGAUGAUGAUGAUGUAUCUCUGGCCGAUCCUGAAAUACCCGGAAAUUAUGCUUUUAGUGUGAGGGUGUUUGAUUCCUCUCGCGAACUCAAAAUUGGCAAUAGAUACGGCAGAGGCCUCUACGGUUACUCUAGGUAUCCCCAGGAAGAUGAGGAAGACGACUCUUUGUGGAUUCCUCGCACACAUAAUAAUUUCAAAGGUCUGCCCGACCUGCUGGAAAAGGUGGAAGAGAAGAAACGGAGAUAUUAUUUAUAUGGAGCCGGAUCUACCAAGACGGUCACCAGUGAGGACUCUACUCCGGGGAUCUCUGGUGAUGGUACUGAUGAAACCAAUUUGAUGGAUAGCGACGCUAGUGAACCGGAUCUGGCCCCAUUGACAGAGGAGGCCAACGGUAUGCAAAUAGAUGAUGAAGAAAAAGAACAGCAGCAGCAUUCAGAGUCUGAGCUAGAAAGCAUUUCAAGACCACUCAUUUGCGAAAAAAAUGCUCUGGUCUGCGAGUGGGAGCCCACAUUUUUUGAUUCUUUUUUCACAGGAAUUGAGGAAGAUGGACAGGGAGGCAGAGAGACAUGGUCAAACCCAGAGGUACUGGAAAACGUUGAAGUCGAGGAAAACAAGCGCCUCAUGGCCGAAAGCGAGCGGAAGAAUAUAUCUCUGCAUAAUUGCAUGGAGAUGUUCUCGAAUCCGGAGAUUCUAGGAGAUAAUGACUUGUGGUACUGUCCAAACUGCAAAGAGCACAGACAGGCAACCAAGAGAAUCGAGAUCUGGUCUGUCCCAGACAUCCUUACUAUCCACCUAAAGCGAUUCGAGAAUACGAAAAGCUUCAGCGACAAGAUAGAUGCUGUUGUGGAGUUCCCCAUCGAAGGUCUCGAUAUGUCCAAAUAUGUGGUUGAUUCUGCUGGGCAAGAGAUGUUGUACGAUCUAUUUGCGGUCGACAACCAUUUUGGCGGGCUUGGCGGGGGACACUACACGGCGUACGUCAAGAACUUUGUUGACGGAAAAUGGUACUAUUUUGACGACUCACGGGUGUCUGUCGUGGACCCUACCGAGUCCAUCAGGGGCUCUGCCUAUCUGCUAUUCUAUCGGAAGAGAAGCAGCCAGCCUCUGGGAGGCGAGUUCUUCCGCCGUAUGAUGGAAGAGAUCGGACAGAAAAACACGGAAAACCAGAAGAGACUGCAGGAGUCCGUGAAACUGGACGCUCUGAGAGCAGACAGCAUAGACGAGUCUCCGACGCCGAUGGAAUCCUCGAACACUACAGAGAGCGGGGCCAGCGUUACGACGACCGCAGACGUUGCAUCUGACGAGAAUGAGCAAGGCUAUAAUGAACUGAAAAGCGAGCGAAGUGAUGAGACCGAGUCGUCAGUCUCGGAUAACCUUAUCAAGCGUCGCAAAAAGAUGCUGGGCGAUGGCCACAUCGAUUCGACAAUCGGUUCUCCGGCUAGUGACAUGGACGACAAUGUGUCCACGUUCAGCGGAAAUGCCAUCGCCCCGGCAGACAUUAAUGAUGGAGCAUAUGGUGAGUUUAUUUAG